UUUUUUUAAGCUAACGGAUUAUUAUUGUUGUUGUUUUAAAUUUAGCUCUCAGGGCUUAGCUGUUUGAGUUUUUCUUUCGGUGCCCAGCCCCUGUCUCCCCGGCGUGCGCCGAGCCGCGGCCCCCGCCCGCCUGGCCGCUCCAGCACCUCUCGCUCGCCUCCAGCCGCGGGGAGAGCGCGGGCGCCUCGCCGCCUUUCAAGUGAGGCCAGGGACCGAGGUGGGGAUCAGUCCGCGCCUCCUCCCUGGGUCGCGCCAGGGUUCCCCGGCCGCUCUGCUUCGGGACAGGCGGAAAAGCGAAAGCGGAUCGUCUCUGGCCGGGCCUCCGCCGCCUCCCGCUGUCCUCGGCGCGCCGGGUCCCCGCACGUCCACCCAGCGGCCCGGCUCCGGCUGGACUGCGGCCACAGCGCCGCCGGCCCCUGGCAGGAUGUUCGCGGCCGGGCUGGCCCCUUUCUACGCCUCCAACUUCAGCCUCUGGUCGGCUGCUUACUGCUCCUCGGCCGGUCCGGGCGGCUGCUCUUUUGCCUUGGACCCAGGCGCCGGGAAGAAGCCAUCCUUCUGCAUUGCAGAUAUCCUGCACGCCGGGGUCGGGGAGCCAGGGGCGGCUCCCGAGGGCCUGGUGGGCGCCUCGGCCGCCGCCCUCACCGCGCACUUGGGUUCCGUUCACCCGCACGCCUCUUUCCAAGCUGCCACCAGGUCCCCGCUUCGACCCACGCCCGUGGUGGCGCCCUCGGAGGUCGCAGCUGGCUUCCCGCAGCGGCUGUCCCCGCUCUCCGCCGCCUACCACCACCACCACCCGCAGCCACAGCAGCCGCAGCAGCAGCCGCAACAGCCGCCCCCACCGCCACCACCACCGCAACCCCGCGCUGGCUCCUUGCAGCCCCUGGUCUCCGGCACUAGAGGGGCCCCGAACUCGCACCACCACAGCGGCUCGGCCCCGGCCCCUUCCAGCAAAGACCUCAAAUUUGGAAUUGACCGUAUUUUGUCUGCAGAAUUUGACCCCAAAGUCAAGGAAGGCAACACGUUGAGAGAUCUCACAUCCCUGCUGACUGGAGGGCGGCCCGCUGGGGUGCACCUUUCGGGCCUGCAGCCCUCCACAGGCCAAUUCUUCGCAUCCCUUGAUCCCAUUAACGAGGCAUCCGCCAUCCUGAGCCCCUUGAGCUCCAACCCGAGAAACUCCGUUCAGCAUCAGUUCCAAGAUACGUUUCCAGGUCCCUAUGCUGUGCUCACCAAGGACACCAUGCCGCAGACAUACAAGAGGAAGCGCUCGUGGUCGCGCGCCGUCUUCUCCAACCUGCAAAGGAAAGGCCUGGAGAAAAGGUUUGAGAUCCAGAAAUACGUGACGAAGCCAGACCGAAAGCAGCUGGCGGCCAUGCUGGGCCUCACCGAUGCCCAGGUCAAGGUGUGGUUCCAGAACCGGAGAAUGAAGUGGCGACACUCCAAGGAGGCCCAGGCCCAGAAAGACAAGGACAAGGAGGUGGGUGAGAAGCCUGCGGGCGGAGCCUUGGCUGCGGAUGGAGAGCAAGACGAGAGGAGCCCUAGCCGCUCGGAAGGCGAGGCGGAGAGCGAGAGCAGCGACUCCGAGUCGCUGGACAUGGCCCCCAGCGACACAGAGCGGACCGAGGGGGCAGAGCGUACUCUGCACCAAACAACCGUUAUCAAGACAUCGGCCGCAGGCGCCCUCGUCCCGCCCAGCAGCAGCGGCGGCGCUGGAGGUGGCGGCAGUUUUAGUUUCGGCAGCGCCGGCGGUCUCAGCAGCAACAACAGCUCGGGGAGCUCCAGCAAUCUUGGCUGCAACGGCGCCCCAGAAUUGCUCGCUGCGCCCCAGCCUGCCACAGUCAGUGGUGCUCCCCAAAGCCCCGAGCCGGCCGCAAACCCCGCUGGACGGCUUAUAGACUAG